CCGAUUGCAGCCCAUUUCUCAGUCGAAAUGAUACACACAAAGUGAUGGAUGCACUGUUGUAAUGUAGCCUAUAUCGUUCUGUCAAAUGAACAAUGAUGUUACAAUGUAACGAAAAACGCGAGAUUUUACCUGAAAGGAGCUUGCAACUUCAUUUACACGCUCUUAGCAAAUCUAUGUCAUGCAGUGUGGUGGAAAGGCUGUGCGUGUACUUGUUGAGCUCCCGGACCAUCACAGAGUAUGAGAGCCAGGUGAUCUGGUCCCAGAGAACAGACAUGCAGAAGGCUGCCAAACUGCUGCAGAUGAUCCUGAAGAAGGGUCGCGAUGCGUGUCUGCUCUUUUUCGACUCACUAGAAAAGUGUUGCCAGUGCCCACCACAGUUCGAAAGAGUCACCGGCCUCCCAGAGAGGAGGAGGACCAACACUGCCCCAACUUACGUCAUCAACAUCAGCCAUUCCAAUUUGAGUAACUGCAUCAUUGGAGAUGGUAACUUUCAAGGUGUGACAACGUGUAUACAACAACCUCAGAGCAUGGGUUCAGAGGAUGCUAGGCAUGAGACAAUGGGACGCAACACCACCAGUGACCACCAGAGAGCAGUACAGGCCUGUCCAGAUCCAGAGCUCCAGAGGAGUGUCCAGGUCUAUGGGUCCCAACUGCAAUAUGUCAUCAUCGGGGACAACAACAACCUGCAGGCUGAAGACACACCGGAAGAGGAAGAAGGGGAAGAAGAAGAACUCAUUAAUAAAAGUAACUGAUUGAA